AUGGGACGUGUAAUGCAAAUUGCCUCCUUUUCCUUGGCCGAAGUUACGUAUGCCGUAGGCGGUGAUAUCGGCUAUCAGAUACAGGAGUCGGCGCGAUCAGCUCGGUUCCGGGUGCGCACCAAGCAGGAAAAUGUUUCGGGUGUUCUGCUCCCUGCCUUCGAGAGCUACGUGACUGAAGGAAACAACGACUUCGGCCUGACCGGACUGGGCAAAGGUGGUCAGCAGGUCCAGCGCUGCCGCGAGACAUAUGCCCGUGCUGUGGAGGCCUUAGUCGAGCUUGCGAGUCUUCAGACUGCGUUUGUUAUUUUGGAUGAAGUCAUCAAGGUUGUUAAUCGACGUGAGAAUACCAUCAAGUGUAUGAAACUCCCCAAGAAUCACUCGCAUGACAACUGGAGAUACAUCAACUCGGAAUUGGAUGAACUGGACCGAGAAGAGUUCUACAGACUGAAAAAGGUAGCGAACAAGAAACAGAGAGAUACCGCAGCCACAGAUGCAGAGAUCAAGGCCAAAAAGGCCGCCAAUGCAGCAGAGGAGAGGGGUGAUGCGCCCGGGCCAAACGACCUUCUCGCGGCAGAGGAAGAUAACGAUGUUAUUUUCUGA